GUUACUUGCAAGUUACAAAGUAAACUAAUCCCUAAUCACAAAAAUUACUGCCUCUUCAUCACGCUUUCCACUAUGAAUUCAAUGCACCCACACAAUCACCAAUUCUCAAACCAAACCACCUUUGUUUUCCUUUCACACCUCAAACUGCAUAUUUUUCUUUCCUACUUGAAAUUCUCAAUAUUAGUCCAUUAAGAAAUUAACCCAUGAUUUCAUCUAAAGCAAUUUAAUCAUUCAUCGUAAAAAGAUUGAAUUUUUAAUGGGUGGCCAACAAAAGAAGAUUAGUCAAAGAGCACAGAAUCAGGUUAUGGGUUUCACAAUUUCUCACAAGCAUGCAGGGUUUGCGCUUAUGCAGAACUGUGAUCUUCCUCCACCUUCUAAGGUUUUUUUGGGUCCAGAUAAGACGGUUAUAUUGUCCAUGAAUAGGGUCUGUAACAUUUCAGGCAAAGAGGAGCAAGAUAGCAAACACUAUGGUGCUGAUGAUGUAAAGAAUAAAAUAGAGCUUCUUAAGGCGUUGAAAUCAUCUCAAAUGCGGGCCAGAGAAGCAGAAAAUAUGGUUGCAAUUCUAAGCAAAGAAAGGGAUGGUCUCUCUAUUGCUUUGUUGGAAGAGGCCAUGCAGUUGUUUGCUUGUCGCCAACGGAUGAGAUUGCUUGAGCUUCAAGUUUUGAACCUGCAACAAUCGAACAUGUCUAGUUGCUGUUCCAGAUCAACAGAGGGAGCUGUAGGAUUACCCAAUGAAGAUGACCACGAUGAAGAAACCACUGGUGUUCCAUGGAUUCUGGCUUUGAUUUUUUCUUUGGGAAUUGGGGUUCCUACUGCCCUUGCUUACGGAUACUAGCCCGGCUGCUAUUGCAGACGCAUUGUUGAUACAUGAAAGAAAAUCCGCAUAUGCAAAUUUUUGCUUUAUACUGUAUCAUACUCAAAUAUAAUUUCUUACUAAUCCAUUGUCUCAAACAAUAUUAUUGCAGCUGUA